AUGACUUCAAAGUACGUCACCGCACACGAGAAUCCGAACGGUCCUGGCGAUGCACGCCCUACUGCCUCUCAAAUCAUUACCGACUAUGACUUGGAAGGGAAACUGACCGGAAAGAUUGUCCUCAUUACUGGCUGCUCGUCAGGAGUAGGGGUUGAGACAGUACGUGCAAUUCAUUGUACUGGUGCAACAAUUUAUGCGACUGCUCGCGACGUCGACAAGGCCAAGGGGGCACUGCAUGAUUUGGUCGACAGUCCCCACUCGGUGCGUACUUGCGCAGAGAACUUCAAGUCCAAGAGCACACAGUCGGAUAUCCUUAUCGAGAAUGCUGGCGUCAUGGCGACUCCGGAAGGCCGCACCGCGGAUGGAUUCGAGACACAGUUCGGCACCAAUCAUCUAGGGCAUUUCCUCCUCUUCUACCUGCUCAAGGAUACCUUACUUCGCUCAUCGACACCCAAUUUCAACUCCCGGGUUAUAAUUCUUUCAUCCUGUGCCCACCAGGCUGGUUCCGUUCAUUUCGGCAAUCUCAAUCUGGAGGGUGAAUACGAGCCAUGGAAGGCGUACGGCCAGAGCAAGACGGCCAACUUGUGGACGGCACGGGAAAUCGAGAAACGAUUUGGGGCCCAUGGCCUGCACGCGUGGGCUGUCCACCCUGGCAGCAUCCGCACUGAGCUGCAACGCCAUGUUUCCGAGGAGGUCAAGCAGGUUUGGGCGGCUGAUGCAGAACUGGCCAAGACUUGGAAGAGCAUUGAACAGGGAGCUGCAACAACCGUCCUAGCGGCUGUUUCACCUGAACUUGAGGGUAAGGGUGGCUCGUAUUUGGAGGAUACCCAGGUAGCUAAGCUGCCAGGUACAGGCCGCGCAGGCUAUGCCGAUUGGGCUUACGAUGAAGAGGGUCCGGGAAAAUUAUGGGAAAAGAGUAUCAACAUCUUGAAGCUGGAAGAUUAG